ACUUCCUGUUAGAAGCCUGCAUUCCUCUGUGUCUCCUGAGUCCUGUGUGUCUACUUUGUCCUCUGUGAAUAGGAGCCAGGUUCACUCUGUCCCAGACUGUUUGUGCCUGUCCUUUGAAAGCCAUGUGGCUCUACCUGGUGGCUUUAGUGGGCCUGUGGACCCUCCUGCGCUUGAUCAGGGAGAGACAGGUGGUGAGCCAUCUCCCAGACAAGCAUGUCUUCAUCACGGGCUGUGACUCGGGCUUUGGGAACCUGCUGGCCAGACAGCUGGACAGGAGAGGCAUGAGGGUGCUGGCUGCAUGUCUCACAGAAAAGGGAGCCGAGGAACUGAGGAACAAGACAUCAGACAGGCUGGAGACAGUGAUCCUUGAUGUCACCAAGACAGAGAGUAUUGUGGCAGCCACUCAGUGGGUGAAGGAGCAUGUUGGGAACAGAGGUACCAUUGAGAUCCCUGUCUGUGUCUGCUGGCUUGUUGGCUGCGUGAAGGGAAUGUCUGCUUUGCCCGCAAUGAUUUCCGAUGUGGGUGGGGGUGGAAUUGAAGUGACUGCAGACUCUGGCCAUCCCCAGCUUGUCAGCCCUUCCUCUUCCUCCUACACCCAGUCCUUCACGCUCUCUACUCUUUGUCAGCUGGUGUCCUGUGUGAUUCCACGUCCUCACUCCUGUCUGCCCUCUUCUGCCACUGUUUGGAGGGAGACUGGACUCUUGGCUGCUGAGUGCCACAUUAGAGAGAGUGAGACAGAAGAGUGCUGGUCCCUGGCACUGUGGGAAGUUGGCUGGUCCUGUGACAGAUGCUUCUUCUCUCUCAGUACUGGAACCUGGUCUCCCCUUCCACCUGGGAAUCCUUAUGGAAGUCAAAGUCAUUGCCAUGACUAAGAGCACACCAACACU